AUGAGCGACCAAGGCAAGUCUUCAAACGAGCCAAGCUCGGUGUUCAACGAUCUCCGUCUGAAAGGAGAAUUUUGCGACGCAGUCAUCAAAGUCGAGGAUGUCGAAUUUCAAAUUCACAGAGUGGUCCUCUGUAGAUGCAGUCCUUAUUUCCUAGCCCUCUUCAGACGCUGGUCAACUCCAGACCAAAGAGUCUUUGACAUACCCGGCCUGUCCCCUGGCAUGAUGGAGGUUAUCAUUGAGUUUGCAUACAAUGGCUCUGUUUCUGUGACGAAGCAGAAUGUGCAGGAGCUGCUGCUUGCAGCCGAUCAGCUCACUGUAAUGGACAUUGUUCACACUUGCUGCAACUUCCUGGGGGAGCAGCUCUGCCCAAAGAACUGCAUCGGCAUCUUUCAGUUCACCAACAUCUGCUGCUGCUCCGAACUGCAGCGCAAGGCCUUCCACUAUAUCAUUGAUCACUUUGAGGAGGUUGUUUCCUCUGAAGAGUUCCUGGAGCUCUCUGUGCAGGAAAUCUCUGACAUCAUUGAUAGAGACGACCUCAAUGUUAGAAAAGAGAGUACUGUGUUUGAGGCCAUCCUUCGCUGGAUCACCAAUUUACCUGAAGAACGAAAAGUACACAUCGCUGUACUUUUGUCUAAGGUACGACUGGGCUUGACAAGUAUGAACUACAUGAGGAACAAUGUGAUGUCCAAUGAGCUGGUGACUAACAACAUUGAGUGCCAGCCCAUAGUUAAAGAAGCCAGUGAAACUAUUUUUCACAUCAUGACAAACAGGCACAAUGUAUUUGGUCUCAGCCACCCUCUCGCCCGUCCUCGCCUGCCUAAUGCCAUCCUGUUGGCCAUUGGAGGCUGGAGUGGCGGCGAUCCAACUAACGGCAUAGAGGCGUACGAUAUCCGCACUGACUACUGGAUCAACGUGUCAAACAGUCACGAGCGUCCCCGUGCCUAUCACGGCACUGCUUUCCUCAAUAAGAAUGUCUACUGUGUUGGGGGCUUUGACAGAGUGGAGCAUUUCAACAGCGUGCGCAGGUUUGACCUCAGCACACGCACCUGGCACGAGGUGGCAUCCAUGUACUGCCGCCGCUGCUAUGUGAGCGUCACUGUGCUGAACGGGUACAUCUAUGCCAUGGGAGGUUAUGAUGGGCAUACCCGACUCAACACUGCAGAGCGCUACAGGCCCGAGACCAACCAGUGGAGUCUUAUUGCACCCAUGCACGAGCAUAGGAGCGACGCCAGCUGCACAACACUCCACAACAAGGUUUACAUUUGUGGUGGUUUCAAUGGAAACGAAUGCCUGCAGUCGUCUGAAUGUUACUGCCCAGAAACCGACCAGUGGACAAUAAUUAGCCUCAUGAACUCCCGGCGCAGUGGCAUUGGCGUCAUUGCAUAUGCAAACCAUGUCUAUGCAGUUGGUGGCUUUGAUGGCACCACCCGUCUGCGCAGCGCUGAGGCCUACAACCCCUGGAGCAACACCUGGCACGAAGUGUCCCCCAUGUUGACCCCCCGCAGCAACUUCGGCAUCGAAGUGCUCGAAGAUCGGCUCUUUGUUGUCGGGGGCUUCAACGGCUUCACCACCUCCUAUAACGUCGAGUACUACGAUGCAACAACUGAUGAGUGGUCUGAAGCCUGUGACAUGGAGAUUUUCCGCAGCGCCCUGAGCUGCUGUGUGGUGUCUGGGCUCCCCAACAUGGCCGAGUACACUGUCCCUCGUGACACCCUGACACUUUCAUGUUUGGAUGAUGUGUCUGUGGAGUCUUUGGAGACAGGACUGUCUGUCGAACGCUCCUGA